CGGCAGCUUUGCUUUUCUCGUUAAGACGACGUUGGACAUGCCAUCUCCAGAGGAAGCUGAAACUUCAGUAUCGCCCAAUGCCUCCUUCAAAUCUCUUGGUCUCAUCGACCCUCUGCUGCAAGCAGUGGAGCAGAUGAAAUAUACAACGCCAACCGCCAUUCAGAUUCAAGCUCUACCACCAGCUCUCGAGGGACGGGAUAUCAUUGGUGUAGCUGCUACUGGCUCCGGGAAGACGGCGGCUUUUGCUCUGCCCAUCCUGCAAAAACUCUGGGACGACCCUAAAGGCCUUUUCGCCUGUGUAAUAGCACCCACACGUGAACUCGCCUUCCAGAUAUCCGAACAAUUUGAAGCUCUGGGUUCAGCUAUGGGUGCUCGUUGCGCGGUUUUGAUUGGUGGAGUUGAUACGAUAUCACAGUCCGUGGCUCUAGCAAAACGACCUCACAUCAUUGUUGCUACCCCCGGACGCUUGCUUUAUCAUCUGGAGAACACGAAAGGCUUUAACCUGAGAGGCCUUAAAUACCUGGUUUUGGACGAGGCGGAUCGUCUUUUGGAUAUGGAUUUCGGUCCUGCAAUCGACAAAAUAUUGAGGGUAAUACCGAAAGAGAGGACGACAUAUCUCUUUUCCGCUACAAUGACAACUAAAGUCGAGAAACUGCAAAGAGCAAGUUUGCAGAAUCCCGUACGGGUUGAAGCAUCGUCAAAAUAUCAAACCGUCUCAACGCUGCUGCAAUACUACUGUCUGAUGCCAUUAAAAGAUAAAGAUACAUAUCUUAUUUCCCUAGCGAACUCACAGUCCCAAAAUUCAAUGAUUAUAUUUACACGGACAGUGCAUGACGCGGCUAGGGUUUCUAUCAUCCUUCGGACACUUGGGUUCCCUGCGGUUCCAUUACAUGGAAAGCUUACCCAAAGCCAACGGCUUGGAGCUCUAGGAAAAUUUAAAAGUGGCGGACGCAGCAUCCUCGUAGCCACCGACGUUGCUAGUCGAGGGCUGGAUAUCCCAUCCGUCGACAUCGUUAUCAAUUUUGACAUUCCUACGCACUCGAAAGAUUACAUUCAUCGUGUUGGACGUACCGCCCGGGCUGGUCGCGCUGGGAAAGCGAUUACACUGGUGACACAAUACGAUGUAGAACUGCUGCAGCGUAUUGAGCAGGUGAUCGGGACUAAGAUGGAUCUUUGGCCCACGGAUACUGAAGAAAUGGCGCUGCUCAAGGAACGGGUCAAUGAAGCUGGGAGAGUUGCGGUCAGCGAACUCAAGGAACAAAGUUCGAAGGAUGGUGGUCGCAAACGGCGACGGGGUGGGGAAGGGUACUCUCGUGACGAUGGAGAUAGGGAUGAUGAUGUUGUGGAGGCUGGGAUGCCUCAGCGGCAUAAGAAAAGUAAGGGGAAGUGAUUUCUCUCACACUGGUCCAUUAGAUUAUUUACCCGUAUUGGACCUUUCAUGUGCUCUAUCCCUGUCGGUAUGUAUGUGUCGUUGUACCAUAAUUCAAUACCGAAUUACAUCAGAAUGCACUGGC